AUGGCUCCUUCAUCUGAUCGACGCGCACAGCGUAACAGGAGCAGGGAUCCGAGUUGGAUCCCUCGGCCUAGAAACGCCUUCAUAAUCUUUCGCUGUGAGUACUCGCGCAAGCACAGUCAGGCAGCCCAAGAGAGCGACGAGGAAUCGGAGGCACCGAAUCCUACAGCCAAAACCCUCUCGAAGCGAGCGGCUGAGGCGUGGAAGCAGCUGUCUGCUUCUGACAAGGAUAAAUACAAGGUGCUUGCAGAUAAGGAGAGGGAGGAGCACGCACGUCUCUACCCCCACUAUCGCUUUCGUCCAAUGAGGCGGCAAAUCUCCGGGCUGAAGAAGCGUCAAUACGAUCUAGGCCUGAGUAACAACAUUUUUCCUCUUGAUUCUUCAGACGAGCAAGUACCUGCUUAUAUCGCAGAUGCGGAUGAAGACUCGCAAGAGGAUGGAGGGGUUACACAUCAGCAGGCCAUCGAGAAGGAAGGGAGCGAAAAUCUCGAGGCAUCCGGAGACUCCGCACCGAAAGACGUCCCUAAAAACUGCUCCGCAGCUCAACGACGAUCGUCGUCUGUUCCGCUGCCCGACGCGUUCCCCACACUCAUCCUCCCCUCACAUGCUCCGAAGGACGAUUUAUGCAGGUCUCGCUCGACUGAAGGACGAGAGUGGCUGCUGCGUCCUCUUGACUAUGUGUCACAGGCCGCACAU